UUAAUCUGUGGAAUGAUUUCAGUGUGCGGGAGGGGGCUUGUUUUUACCAGCAAGGUCGUUCUUUGUGUCAAAAUUCUACUUUUUGUGACGAACAAUUAGUCAAGUAUUUACUUAUUUCAGUGAGUGACUAUUUUGAUAGUAACUUAGAACCUAUUUAGUUACAAUUGUGCUUGUGUGAUAUUGUAGAUUUUAGAACAAUCUGUACGAUUCGAACGUUCCAAUGAGUUUGGGAGGAGGUCAAAACACUGAGGGCUCUAAUGCAGGAGGAAUAUUCGUUCAAUUUAACCAAGAUUGCACGUCACUGGUGGCGGGAAGCAGCAGCGGCUACCACUUGUUCGCGCUGACCCCCGACGAUGGCAUCGAGGAGAUCUACGCGAGUCGCUCGGGCCAAGAGACCUGCCUCGUCGACCGACUAUUCAGCAGCUCACUGGUGGCUGUUGUCACAGUAUCCGCUCCCAGAAAGCUGAUUGUGUGUCAUUACAAGAAGGGUACCGAGAUAUGUAACUACAGCUACAGCAACACAAUCCUCGCAGUGAAGCUGAACCGCUCCCGGCUGAUCGUGUGCCUGGAGGAGUCUCUGCACAUCCACAACAUACGCGACAUGAAGAUCCUGCACACCAUCCGAGACACGCCGCCCAACCCGCGCGGGCUGUGCGCGCUCUCGCCCUGCGUGGACCACUGCUACGUGGCCUACCCCGGCUCCAGCGCCGUCGGCGAGGUGCAGAUCUUCGACGCCGUGCACCUGAACGCCAAGUGCGUGAUCAGCGCGCACGACAGCCCGCUGGCGGCGCUGGCGUGGUCCAUGUGCGGGCGGCGGCUGGCCACGGCCUCCGAGCGCGGCACCGUCAUCCGCGUGUUCGCCGUGCCCGAGCGCGCGCGCCUGUACGAGUUCCGGCGCGGCGUCAAGCGCUGCGUGUCCAUCGCGUGCCUGGCCUUCAGCGCGUGCGGCGCCUACCUGGCCGCCACGUCCAACACGGAGACCGUGCACGUGUUCCGGCUGGGCGAGGCGGCGGCGGCGGGGCCCGCGCCCGCCGAGCCCGCGCCCGCCGACGACGACGCCGCGGCCGGCUGGAUGGGCUGGCUCAGCAGCGCCGUGUCGGCCGGCGCGGGCUACCUGCCGGCGCAGGUGGCCGACGUGCUGGCGCAGGGCCGCGCCUUCGCCGCCGCGCGCCUGCCGCACACGGGCUACCGCGCAGUGGCCGCCAUCACCAACGUGGCGCGGGCGCCGCGGCUGCUGGUGGCGACGGCGCAGGGCGUGCUGUACGUGUACGCGCUGGACGCGGCCGAGGGCGGCGAGUGCGCGCUGCUGCGCCAGCAUCAGUUCCUGGAGGGGCUGGCGGGCGCGGGCGCGGCGCCGCUGGAAGCGUCGGCGCUCUCCACUAGCAACAGUUACGCGGGUGCUCUUCGCGGCCGGGACCCGCUGCGAAUGACAGAGUCGGAGCGCGCGCAGGAGCUGGGCGCGGCGCUGGAGGCGGCGCCGGCGCGCGGCCCCUUCGACCUGCGCGACCCCAAGCACUUCCCGCCCAUGCGCGCCGACCCCGCGCCGCGCUAGCCCGCCCGCCCGCUGUACAUACCUGUAACAUACGACCCAUCUGUAUCAUACGUCAUCCUAGAAUAUGUGAUAUGCUACCUGACGACGGACGACUCCGAGACGGCAUCAGUGUGUCUGGAAAUUAAUUCAUGUGGCGAUACUUAGCUGCACAUAAAUGAUAAAAAAAAAAUAUAAAAUUGGAAAACCAAUAAAAUUAUUUUGUAAAUAAAUGUAUAGGUCACCCACUAAAAAUUACAUUGUAAGUGCACAGAGCAUGCCCGGCCGCCGUGCCGGCCUUCGCAGCUACGUAGCUUAUUACCUAAUAUUGUUAGCUAUAACAAAUUCUUGUAUGAAAAUAUCUGACAUUUAAGUUUUCAUAAUCAAAUAGAUAUUAAGUGUGAUAAUUAUCUGGAUAUUGUUACUUUCUCUAUAAAAAUGACAGAAUUUAGCGCUAAGACAAGUACAACUUUUCGUAAACGUUAGUAAAAAAGUGACUUUCUAGGAUAUUGUCUUUGCGAAAUGUAUAAGUGUAAAGGCUGCGCCUCCAGUGUAGUACGCGUGAUAGCUGACGCACUAGCGGCGCAUGCGCAGACAGCGCACUCCCGACAUACGCUGACAUCUUUUACUGUAAGCGCCACUUCUCUUUGCGCUUGUUAUAACUAAAUUGUACAUAGUAAAUAAAUAUUUUUACGAAA